AUGAGCUCACCGGUAGUGACGGCACUUUUGGAGUGGCUUGAAGCUAAUGGAAGCGUCGAGAAUCGAUUGAAUAUUCGAUAUCUCGGUCGAGAUGAAGGCCACGGUGUGUUUGCCAAGCAGAAUUUAGAACGUGGUCAAAUGACACUCCAAGUUCCUUAUAAACUCACGAUGAAUGUCGAGUCUGCUGCUGCCUCGGAUCUUCAGCCGAUUGUAGCAGCAUAUCCACAACUUCCAGAUGACGAGAUUCUAGCUUUGCACUUAAUGCACGAACGGAGCAAAGCGUUCAAAUCGUUCUAUGCUCCAUUCAUUGCAUCGUUACCCACAACGUUUGAUCUACCACUAUUAUGGUCUGAAAGUGAGCUAGAUGAACUCAAAGGCUCAAAUGUAUCAUUACUCACGCGACUGAUGAAAGAGCGACUCAAGCGAGAUUUUAAAUCUAUUCACGUUGCAAUAAUAGACGAGUUUUCAUACCUGUUUUCGACUUUACCGACGCUGUCGUUUGACGAUUAUACGUGGGCCAUGAUUGUCAUCUGGAGUCGUGCGUUUGGAAUAACAAAAGGUGGAAAAUACCUUCGAGUAUUGUGUCCCGCUAUGGAUAUGUUCAAUCAUGAUGCCAAACUGACUAAUUCAUUGGAUGAGUUUAUUUCGUUCAAUGAAGAGACGCAGAUGUUAACUCAUCACGUUCCGAACGACGUGGUAGCAGGUUCAGCAUUGAUGAUAAGUUAUGGAAAAUAUUCAAACGCAAAGUUGCUGUAUUCGUACGGAUUUGUUGCAAAUGAGAACUCUCGACGAACACUGGACUUUUGGAUGAAGAUUCCACCAACUGAUCCGUUUUUAAAAAUCAAACAGACGAUACUGGACACGAAUGAGCUCACAAAGAAUCAGACGUAUGACUUUUGUGGAACUAUGUUUACAAAUGAUGUCGACGAGAGAUUGCUUGCUACUUUGCGUGUAAUUUUAAUGAAUGAAGAGGAGUUUCAAUCGUGUGAGAAGGCAUUUAAUCGAUCAAUUCUAAGCCUUCGCAAUGAAGUGGCCGUGUACGACAAUUUACAACAUGCGUGCCGCAGAAAGCUUGCAAGCUUUCCGACGACACUUGAAGAGGACGAGAAGAUUUUAGCUGAUAUUCAGAUCAGUACAAAUUUGCGCUUGUUAUCUGCAGUGCAGGUGCGUGCCGAAGACAAACAAGUGCUUAUUGGUGUCAUUGACACUUUGGAGCAGUGGAAGCAUGCACUUGCUUCUAACCCGCUUGUGUAUCCACCAAGCAUUACGCGAUGUAAAGUUCGGAAUGACAAAUAG